AAGAAUCAUAUUUUACACAGUUAGUCAAGUUGAUUAAACAGAUCUUUUUUUUAAAGUUUCGCUGUUUAAUAAAUUAACACAAUUAACUAAAUAAAAAAUAAUAUCAAGCUUUGAUAAUUUCCUAUGAAGUUCCUUUUGAAUAAGAUGUCUGAUUCAUAGGACUUUUUUAUAGCUAUAGGCUAUAACUAAAGAAAUCAAUUCAGCGGUUGAGGAGACACAUUAUUGGUAAUUACGAUACAUGGAAAACUAUGAUAAUGUAUUAUUAUAGACCGACGAUCGACCCUAAUGAUGCGAGUCGAAGCGUUUAUUUGAAAACAAAAAUGAAUCUUUACUGUUUUUUAUUACCAUUUGCAUUUGUAAAUGUUUUGGCAGUUACUAAAGACUAUAAAAAUUUGGCUUCCAUUACAAACAAACACAUCGAGCUUGCAUCUAAACUAGAAACUAAGAAUGAAGAUCCAGACUCGGGUCUAAGAAGAUUGGAGUAUAUAAUAAAAAGAAUAAUCCUUAAAGAUAAAUAUAAUAUUGAGGAAUUGACUUAUAUGUUGACUGUACCGGAAUAUGCAGUUAGAACUCAAGACCUUGAAAAAUGCAUGGAAUAUCAGUAUAAUUUGCAAACGGAAAUAUACGAAGCCAUAUCUCUCGAUGUGCCUUCCGCUGACACCGUGGAUUUCGGAAUGUCGAUGGGUCAUUUGAUACAUGUUGGUUUUGAUAUAAGAAAAAUGAUUUAUCCUUGCCUACUAUCCCUAAUCACACGUAUAAUUGAUGGAAUUGAACAGGAUUUUAAUUUUACCCAGAUUUGUUACUUAGUUGCACUAUACAAGAAUUCAGAAGACUCACCAUUUAAAAAAUUUACAUUUAUAACAACUGCCAUAUUUGACUAUUCUUUUAGUCUUUGCGUCCUAACUUCUAUCGAAGGCAAAACUACCUGCUACAAACAGAAUGAAAAAAAUAUUAUUGAAAUUCUGCCAGGUUCUGAUGAAACAAGAUCACUUCUUCUUGAUUUAAAUAAUUAAGAUUAGAAAACAUAUGGUUAAAAAAUAUUUAUAUUCUCAGCAUUCAGUUUUAAUAACUAUUUUAUAAUUUAUUAGUACUUUUGUCGUUAUAUUUAAAUAAUUGCUGCAUACCGCAUUAACAGAAAACAUUGUUAAGUUAUUAAAUAAAUUACAUAAUAAACAUUUUUGUUCAAGAUUUUAAAUACAUUCGUUGUCUACGUAUGGAUUUUUUUUACGAGCUGCGCCUAAUUUUAUGUAAUUUUUUGUACUUACUCAAAUCAUUUUUUAGCUGCUUA